GUGGCGGUUCCCGAGUGGUUUCAGGUGGGGUUUGGGUCCUUUUAGGGCAAAGUGAACACAGACUGACUUAGUCCUACGAGGAGCGGCUGAGGGAGCUGGGGAUGUUUAGCCUGGAUUAAAGGUGGCUUAGGGGGAUCCUUCUCACUGUCUACAACCACCUGAAAGGAGGUUAUAGCCAGGUGGGGGUCUUCUCCGAGGCAAUUAGUGACAGGACGAGAGAACACAGUCUUAAGUCACAACAGUGGAGAUUCAAGUUGGACAUUAGGAGGAAUUUCUUCACAGAAAGCGAGUUAAAAUGACGACAGCAGCAAGGCCAACGUUUGAACCUGCAAGAGGAGGAAGAGGAAAAGGUGAAGGAGAUUUAAGCCAGCUAUCCAAACAAUAUUCCAGCAGAGAUCUUCCUUCUCAUACUAAAAUCAAAUACAGACAGACCACUCAGGAUGCUCCUGAAGAGGUGCGUAACCGUGAUUUCAGAAGGGAGCUGGAGGAGAGAGAACGUGUCGCUGCAAGAGAGAAGAACAGAGACAGACCAACCAGAGAACAUACAACAUCAUCUUCUGUGUCUAAGAAGCCUCGACUAGACCAGAUUCCUGCAGCAAAUCUUGAUGCAGAUGAUCCGCUUACGGAUGAAGAUGAUGAAGAUGAGGACUUGGAAGACAGUGAUGAUGAUGACACUGCAGCUCUUUUGGCUGAACUGGAAAAAAUCAAGAAAGAACGAGCUGAGGAACAGGCUCGAAAGGAACAAGAGCAAAAGGCUGAAGAAGAAAGAAUUAGGAUGGAGAACAUUCUGAGUGGUAACCCACUGCUGAACCUUACCGGCCCAGCACAGCCUCAGGCAAACUUCAAAGUGAAGAGGAGGUGGGAUGAUGACGUUGUCUUCAAGAAUUGUGCCAAGGGGAUAGAUGAAACAAAAAAGGACAAAAGAUUCGUGAAUGAUACUCUGCGAUCAGAAUUUCACAAAAAGUUCAUGGAAAAAUAUAUCAAGUAGUACAGUUUUAUGUGGAGUGGUGCAGAAGGACUUGGAAGGUCAUGGUCGUUUCCUCCCUUUCCCUCAGAAUUUAAGUCUGAAUAUUUGGUCAUGGAUUCCCAAAUGAUUUUCCAAGAUCAUCAGCAUCUUCACAAUUAGUAAUUGCUAUGUAUCUAGAGUUUUUAUUUCUGCAUUAUGUGUUUUCCUUUUCAGUUUUAAUUAAACCAGUUUGUGUUUCAUGAAUGUUUUUAUGUUCACGUGUGCUUAUUUUUACUGGCCACCUUGUAAAUGGUAGAAGAGAGAAGCUGAUUUGCAAUAAACACUGCUGAUCAUUUAAA